AAGUGGUAUCAGUUUAAAUACACACACACACUAAACUGAAAGUAGCCAUAACUGGAUUCUGCUGUCUUCCCCUGACCUUGAAAAAGAUAUAUAAGUUCUCUGCAUGUCUCUUCUCUGGCCCUGGGUUAACAUGUGUUUCCUAGAGCUGUUGUGUGGAUGAGAUUAACCUACAUGAAGUGUUCUGAACUCCUUAAGGAAGGAUGUCAAAGCAAUAAAAUGCAAUACUGUUUUUACAGCCAAGACAGAGAGACGGAGAAGACAGAUCUACAUUUUCUUCCUUAAUUUUCUGAUCUUUCCAGAUGCCGGUGGGUCCUUUUGAGUCCCAGCUCUGUUCCUUAGCUUGGAGUGGUGGGGAAUUCCAUGCCUUCCACCCUCUGAAACUGUGUUCCUCCCGAAGGCCUUUGUAGGCCCACCCUUUUGGGAAGGGGUGAGUGUGACCCCCACUGUGUUGAGCUAGGGCAGCACAGAGAAGAAGGCCCUCUGCUCCAUAGCCCAAGGAGAGGCAGCCAUGGACUGUGUGCGCCUUCAGGGCUAGCCCACUCCUCCUUCACAGAACCCAGCCCCCGGGGGCCCAGGCUGCUCCGACCAACCUCCAUGAAAAAGGAGAGUGAAUCCAAAGAGACCAGAGCUUCGUGCGGUCCGGUCGACUGGGGAGACUUUUGCAGCAGUCCAGCAGCGUGAGCACGGGCCUUCCUGCCUCUGCCACCAUGUCCUUCAGCGCCACCAUUCUCUUCUCCCCUCCCAGUGGCGGCGAGGCCAGAUGCUGCUGCUGUGCCUGUAAGAGCGAGACUAGCGGGGGCAGCACAAGCUGUCAGGGCGGGAACCCUCCUCCCAGCACCCCGAUCACGGUCACCGGACACGGCCUGGCCGUCCAGAGUUCAGAGCAGCUCCUGCAUAUUAUCUACCAGCGGGUGGAUAAGGCCGUGGGUCUGGCUGAGGCUGCGCUGGGUCUCGCCAGGGCCAACAACGAAUUGUUAAAACGUCUCCAGGAGGAAGUGGGUGAGCUGAGGCAAGGGAAGGUGCCCGUCCCCGAUGAAGACGGCGAGAGCCGGGUGCACGGCUCCCCGCCCAAGGAGCCCGGGCCCCUCAAGGAGAGCCCCGGAGAGGCAGACAGGGCCUUGCCGGCCGUGGAAGAGGAGUGUGACAGUGUGGGCAGCGGCGUGCAGGUGGUGAUCGAGGAGCUGCGGCAGCUGGGAGCGGCCUCAGCUGGGGGGCCUGGGCCCUUGGGCUUCCCGGCCGCUCAGAGAGACGUACGGCUCCCGGUAUGCGCCCUGGCUGCAGGCGAGGGGCCUCCGAUGCUCAACCCCCUGGUGGAUGAUUAUGUGGCCUCUGAGGGUGCAGUGCAGCGGGUGCUGGCCCCUGCUUAUGCCAAGCAGCUUUCACCAGCCACACAACCGGCGAUCCAGCGGACAACCUCAGAGACAGGGCCGGAAAACGGAACCAAGCUGCCCCCGCCCCACCCCGAGGACAUGCUCAGCGCUGCUGCUGCUGCCCUGGAAGGUGCCUUGGAAGAAUCAGGCCCUGGGGGAACUGGGGAGCUGAGACACUCUCUAGGAUUUACUGCUUCCCCAUGCAGGACCAGAGGGAGUGGGCAGAAGAACUCCAGGCGCAAGAGGGAUCUGGUCCUCUCUAAAUUGGUCCACAAUGUGCAUAACCACAUCACCAACGACAAGAGAUUCAAUGGGUCUGAAAGCAUCAAGUCCUCUUGGAAUAUUUCAGUAGUGAAGUUCCUUCUGGAAAAGCUCAAGCAGGAGCUGGUAACCAGUCCCCACAAUUACACUGACAAGGAGCUGAAAGGAGCCUGUGUAGCCUACUUCCUUACUAAGAGGCGUGAGUACCGCAACUCCCUGAACCCCUUUAAAGGCCUAAAAGAAAAAGAGGAGAAGAAACUUCGAAGUCGCAGAUAUCGGCUUUUUGCCAACCGAUCCAGCAUCAUGAGGCAUUUUGGCCCUGAGGACCAACGCCUGUGGAAGGAUGUGACAGAGGAGCUGAUGUCAGAUGAAGAGGACAGCCUUAAUGAGCCAGGUGUCUGGGUAGCCCGGCCUCCCCGUUUCCGGGCCCAGCGCCUCACGCAGCUCUGCUACCACCUGGAUGCCAACUCUAAGCAUGGCACCAAAGCCAACCGUGUGUAUGGACCUCCCUCAGACCGCUUACCUUCUGCUGAGGCCCAGCUCCUUCCACCAGAACUUUACAAUCCUAAUUUCCAAGAGGAGGAGGAUGAGGGAGGUGAUGAGAAUGGACCUGUCUCCCCAUCUUUUGACCAACCCCACAAAACCUGCUGUUCUGACUUGAACUCGUUCAUUGAAAUCAAGGUGGAAAAGGAUGAGUGAAAUCUAUAACCAAGAAUAACUCUGGCAUCCGCCUCUUCCCAUGUCCUCAAAAUGGGUGGCCACAGGGCUUCCCAGAAUAACGAGAUGUCUUCUGCAGUCUGAGAAAGCAAAUCUGCCUCUCUUCUCAACACAGUCUCCACUAGAAGUGGAAGCUGGCAGCUCUGGUGGGAUAAAAGGACUCAUCUCCAAGGGGGAAAUACUCCCCCCCUCCCCCCGCUGUGAACGACAAGCCAGAAAAUGCUUAUUCCUAAGCAUAACAGUGCCUCGGAAGAGCCUGGGCUGAGAAAAGGAGGAUGGGUCCAAGAAACAGGAGGCCUUCUUGACGUAUGCCCUGGUCUCUGAGUUGUUUUUUCUUCUGGUUUCACUCAAAGCUCUAGUGAAGCGGCCCUUGGUCGUACCUUCUACUUCUUCCCCUGACUGCUGGUCUUGCUCCGUAGUGGAAGCAGCACAGGACCAGGCCAGGGUAAUACUGCCACCUGGUGGACAGUUUCAGUCAUGGGCUUCAUUCUUCUGAGCAGAACACAGGCUCCAUCCGUAUUUGGGAAUUGGGAUCUAGAUGUAAUAGCUAUUGUUUAUUGAAUUAUAUAAGGAAGAUUUUAUUAUUCCCAUUGUACACAUGAGGAAAUUAAGGCUUAAAGAGUUCCCCUGUCUCACCAGCAGCUGCUUUCCCACCGUGUGACCAAGCAAGUAUACAUGGCUUGGUAGCUAUCUCUUAGUCCUGUCAGCCGAGCUGUAUUUUGAGGAAGGUGAGUGUGUGUGUGUAUGUGUGUGUGUGCACACAAGCACACAUGCAGAAUAUAUAUACACACACAAAAUUUGUGCCUUUUUGGAUGGAUUGAGAAGUAAAUAUGGCUUUCUCUUCA